AUGUUAUUACCACCUUGUUGGACAUUAUCAUCAACAUCUAUUGAAAAUUCAUCAUCAUUUAAUGAUAUUAUGUUAUCAACAGCAACAACAUCGAAUCAACAUCAACCAAAUUUUUGGUUUUCUGGUAAUCAUUUACCAUCAUUUUUUUCAUCAACAACAGGAAAUAGUGGUGGCGGAGGAGGAGGAACAGAUAAAAAUUCUUAUAUACAACAACCAACAGCAACAAAUAAAUUUUUUUUUGAUACAAAUCCAUGUAGUUCAAAUUCAACAAGUUCACCACCAUUAUCAAAUGAUUUUCUUCUAACACGUUCAAAUCCAGCAGGAACAUUAAAUUUAACACAAUUUAAUUAUAUACAACAAAAUCAUCAUCAUUUAUCAUCAAAUAAUUUUCUUCAACGAGAUGAUUGGUCACAAAUACCAAUGACACAAACAACUAAUUCUCCGACAUCUGCUAUAUGGUCAAAAGGUGUUCCGAUUGAUAAUUCUCAAAUAACACAUUAUUCUGAUAUUGUUAAUGGUAAUGAAUCAAUGAAAGAUAUUAAACGUAAAAGUAGUCGACCAACAUUUACUGGUCAUCAAAUAUUUGCAUUAGAAAAAAUGUUUGAAAAUACAAAAUAUUUAGCUGGAACAGAACGAUCAAGACUUGCUUCUCAAUUAUCUAUGAGUGAAGCACAAGUCAAAGUUUGGUUUCAAAAUAGACGUACAAAAUGGCGAAAAAAACAUGCUGCUGAAAUUCAUGGAGGAACUGCUACUAAAAGAACAAAACAACGAAAUGAUGGAUCAAUACUUAAUGUCGAAUCGGAUUCAAGUUUAACUUAA